AGCAUUUCUCUCAAAGAAGCUCGUAUUUGAGAUUCUCACGAAACAAACAUCCUACACAUCUCAACCGACAGACACACCAUCACCAUGACUACGAUCACCCCCUGCAAGCCCUCCCUCACAACCAACGACUCCGCCGUCCUGCAGGCCCUCUUUGAUGCAGAGUCAUCUCCCUCCUCCGCGCCCGUCAUCGACGCCAGUCUCUCUUCCCUGCCAGCCCACCUCAACAUCUCGCCCGAGCAGCACGACUCACUCAAGUCCGCCGAGCUGGACAUCGUCCGCACGCUCGAACAGCCGGAGCCCUCCCUCUCCAUGGUCCAGCAAGCCAUCAGGGACCUCGAUCUCCUCAUCAUCGAAGCACCCACCUACCCCUCAGCCUACAUCAACCGCGCCCAAGCCCGACGCCUCCUCAUCGACCUGACGCCUCUACCCACGUCCGCCUCAAGCACCCCAUCAUCCGACCCCGACACGAAGCUCUUCGCCGCCGCCAACAGCGCCUCCGCCUCCGCCCUCCUCGCCGACCUCACGCAGGCCAUCCAACUCGCCCACCCACGAUCCCCCGCCGACCCUGUCUCCCCCGGACAGGCGCGCAUCCUCGCGGACGCAUACACACAUCGCGGGUAUUUGCUGCUGAAAGCCGCACGGUUCCGACAGGCACAGGGGGAGGGCGGACCGGAGCGGCUGGAGGGGAUGGGGGCGCAGCAGUUGGAGGAGAUGGCCAGCAGUGACUUCUUCAUGGGCGGCCGGUUUGGCAACAAAGUCGCACAGCAGCUGGCCGUCCAGACGAAUCCAUAUGCGAAGAUGUGCGGAGCGAUUGUGAAGGAGGCGUUGAGGAAGGAGGUGGCCUCGUCGGUGAUGAACUCGUGAGGAGCAUGCCAUCGGGUCGGGGUCGGGGUCUCUAGUGGUUGUAAUAUACUGUAUUUCAGCGCAUCGGAAAUGGAAUAUCCUACAUAGCAGAUCACGCCAUCCUGUCGUGUGGUCUCACUGUCUAUCAAAUCAUGGAUAGUAGAAUGAGAC